CUAUGCGGACGAAACCGUCCCCGCUAAAGGGUGAGGAGAAAAAUUCCGGGGGUGUCUGGCUUACCGUCACAGCCGACUGACACCUUAAGCAGGGCGUAGCAGAGGAGCCUCUGUUAAGUUCAUGGGGGGCGCGGGGUCCUCAGCGAACGCUAAGGGUUUCGGGGCGAAGCGCGUGACCACAGCUAAAAAGCUGAAGUCGGACCGUCGGCUGGCUGGAUUUUGGAGCGCUAUGGUGGCAAGACAUCUCCCAUCAUGAGUGGAAGCGGGUAGCGGCUGCUAUCUCCGCUGUGUUUAUGAAGGUGGUCAGGGGAAGCCCUGGACCACCCCCAAGAUGUGAAAGUGCCGGGUGGAACCUCGGCUUACACAAACUUAUAAGGUGUGCCGACGAACGGUCGGCAUUCAUUUAUAAGGAGGCGAUAGCCAGGGUGGGGAAAGUUUGAAAGGGAGCAAGGCUCGAGGCGGUGGCCAAAUCGGAUCUUCCGAUGCGACCUCGUACUCGUGUCUGGCUUCCGGUCGAACCCUCUACCCCGACCGAAAUUGAAGAGAUAUUGCGGUACUGCAAUCCAUCUCUUCCCACCCAAGACUGGAAGGUGGUUUAGCUGGAGAGGACCGAGAAACCAUAUCGGCGAGCGCUGAUACUCCUAAACAAGGAGUCCCUCGCUCCUCUCAGCAUUGCAAAGGGGGCCAUAAGCUAUGUCUUCGAGAGGGGCGUCCUUAGGAUUCUCCCAACUGAAGCCAGUGCUGAUGGCCCACUGCCUCCAGCUGAAGUGGAUGAGAGUGGCAGAGCGAUCCACUCGAAAAUGGACAUCGACCCCAUCCUCUCGGAUGUGGUGAGCACGAGGGGCGGAUCGUCAGGCGAUGAUGGAUCCGUCUUCAGUCUCGAGCGCCUGUUCGAGGAGGCUGGGGUCGAUAGUACGGAUGAUGGUGCGGAACUUGCACUGCUGGAGAGGAGUUUAGAGGAUGAGAAUCCUCCAAAUUAACCUCCAGCACUCAAAGGCGGCCUCCGCCGAUCU